CUCUUGUAGCAAGCCCGGUGUCGGAUUCAGUCGUAGACAUGUCGUAGACCAAUCGCAGACCGCUCUAAAUCUGAGAAUAGAAAUUGCCGACGCCCGAUUGUCACGUGGAUGUUUGGACAACUCUGUUUGUGCUUAUUAUUCGUUGCCACCGACUCGUUGUUGCGGACGACAUUCACCACACUUUUUCGCCCCUUACUCCUCUGUUCUAGUCACUGGAGCGCCGACCAGUUCAAGUCGUCGGUUCUUGCUAUGGCCCAACGCCGCCCUUCGCCUCAGACAGUGAACUCGUCGUCGGUCAGUUCACCCCCUCUGGCGCGCAGAAAAUACCCUCUGCGACCUUCUCCCAGUUCUCGGAGGCGGAACAAUAAUUUGCUUUUGGAACCAUCCAUCGGUCAUAAACCGUUGCGCGGCUCGACAUCAUCCACAGAGUCACGUCCUGUUUUGGUUCCUUUGCAGUCCAAUCUUCGGCGCCUCCCUUCUCGUGUAUUCACGAACCAGAAUGGCGCUCCAGAAAUGCAUAUCGGCAGUCAAACGGACCCUUGCGUUGGUUCGAAACGGAAACGCGUCGCGAGCAGUAAUGAAAAUGCGCAAAACAACGGUCGUCGGACGCGUGGCUCGGGGGUGCUGAAGAGACUCAGGAGCAGCUCCGGAUGUCGAAGGGAGUUCACCAGCGAUGAAAGUGACGCUAGCUCUAUGGACAUUGACAGCGCCGUUCCAUGGUACUUAUCACGUAAUUCAGAUUCCGAAAGCGGCGAAGAAGAGCAGAGUGUUGAAGACGACGAGAACGAGGAGUCCACUGAUGGUCACCUUAUUAAUUCUGCACAACCUAACCAAUUACUUCGCCUUCGCAAAGACGAACUCGUACGGCUAUAUUCUCUCGCUGGCCUAUCUGAAGAUGCAGAACAACUUACCAAAUCGGAUAUUGUUGACGCCAUCAUUGCGGCUCGAGAUGACAUUGCAUCCUUACCUCCAUCAUCUCCUCCUGGGCAUGGCAAUUCGAGCGACUAUUCGUCUGACGACGGCAACGUCGCUGAGCAUGAAAGGGACGAUGCUCGGAGUCUACCUUAUCUCCCCAGUCUUCGUCGUCGCGCUACGACAAAUGACUUAGGAAAGAGUCGAGGCAGACCCGUCAAAGGCAGAAGUUUGUCCAUGGGCACUUUUCAUGGGGACGUUGCAGUUAACACUACGGCAUCGCAUACGUGCAGAGGAAACUCUAGAAAACGUAGCGGUGGAUCUUCCGGAAGUAAUCUGACUCGGUGAGGAGGCCAUAACUCGUUUUAACGUUUCUCUGACCGUCUAUUAGUAGGCGUACCACCUCUAACCGUUCAUCGCCGCUUGCGUCUAC